AGAAGAACAUUGACGCCCUUGAACGAGUCCAACGUAGGGCCUCGAAAUACGCUCUCCCGAUGUCAUCUAGGGACUCUCCGUACGGAGAAAGACUGGCAAUGCUUGGGUGGUCCAGUCUUCAAUCAAGGAGGUCUUAUCUAUCUUUGCUAGAGUGCUACAAGACUAUUCAUGGUCUUAAUGGCCUUAACUGUAAUGAUUAUUUUGAAUUUAACUGUCAUGGUAAAACAAGAUCAAACCAUUCAUUAAAAUUAACACAGCGAUUAGCUAGAGUAAACUGUUUUUUGCACUCAUUCGUUGUUAGAAUUAUUAAACAUUGGAACUCUUUUUCCAAAGAGAUAGUGCACGAACAGGACUUCAGCAUUUUUCGAAGUAAACAUAGAAAGUAUUGUGAAAUUUUGAAAAUUUUUUUUUUGCCAUUUCUUAAUUAUUCUUAAAUUUACAUUGUAGUAUAUUUAUUUUAUAUUUUAUGUAGGUGCGUCCUCGAUAGGAAUAACCUCUGACGUUUCCAUUUAUGUAUUCUUACAUAAUAAAUAUUUGAUUUGAUUUGAUUUAAAUAUGGCCAAUUGACCAACCACAGCGCCCGAUUUACUUUUGUCAUAUUUUAUAAAGCUACGUAGGUUAUACUUGAGCAUGUAAUGGACAAGGAAUAUCUUAUACCUGGCCUACCGUAUAGAUAGAACGAUGCGUCCAGUCUUUUCACACCUCUUUACAUCUGCAUCGCCAGGAAUGACAUAGUACAGGGACUUCACAAGUUCGAAAGGGAAAAAUUCAUCUGGUGACUUUACAUCCAGAUCGUCGGCUGAUGGAGGCUGUGGAAGAGGCUUCGACUCCGCUGGAUGAUACUACGCAGGAGCAGGGCGACAUCCAUGUACUUGCCUGUGGACUCCAGCUUAUAUGUUUAUGCUGUUGCAUCUGCAACGGAGAUGCUGGCACUGUAGACCAGGUUGUAAGUGAUACAACCUUUGUCAUCUGGAUUGAUCUUGGCAAAGGCGAUGAACUGGUUAAUCUGAUGGUUGUCAAGUCA